AUGAAGCCCAUCAUUUUCAUACUUUUGUGCGCGAUUGUCGCGAUUUCUGCCGACGACCAAGUUGAAUGCCUUCAAUUGUGCAAUGAGAAAUUCGUUGGUACUGAAGCUCAAAAGAGAUCUUGUUCAUUCGGAUGUAAUGAACGCGGGCCAAUUGCAAAAGGAAUGUUCGGAUUCCGUGUAUGUAUGGAUCGAUGCGAAGCUCAGUAUCCGAAUGCGACGAACGAAGAUGAGCAGACCUCUUGUAAAUUCGCCUGCUCCCUCCCAUUCGAUCAGAAAUUUUCGAUGUCCGUUGAUUUUAAUAGCGAGAAACCACAUCUUCGAAUCGAGAAGGAGACUGGAUCCGGAAUUGCGAGAAUGUUGGGAAAAUCGCCAUCGAGCGUCAGCACCUCGUUGUCUGAUAUCAUCAUUCGCCCGAAGUUCAUUAGCAUGGACGCGGCUAAGUUUGACGAUAUGGAUUUGAACAAGAUCUUCAGCGAAGCCAAUGAGAUUGAUAACGAGAAUGCUCGUGUCAUGUUUGUUAUGGAUCGGCUUAUUAAUAAUGUUAUGCGACAGGUGCACCAUGAUCGCAUGAUGGCUGAAAAACACAUUUUCAGUUCAAGACCAUCUGGUCAUGAUGAGAUUGCUUUCCUUGGGCCACAAGUUGGAAAUUUUAUCGAGAACGAUAAGCCAAUCAUCACUUCGUUUGAGUUUGUCACUGCCAAGCCGAAGAGCUUUUACUCAUACGGACCACACUCGCUUCGUUGGCUUGUGCUCACAUUCUCGGUUCUCUUCUUGGCUAUCUCAAUUCUCUGCGUUGUCAUCUUCUUCUGCCGCUCGGGAGCUGAGGAAUAUGUCAGAAUGAGGCACAAUUUCCGUCAAACCCAUUCCACGGUUACCGGACCUCUUCCCGAAAAGAAGUCCGCAAUGGUUGAAGAAGGUGUUUCUGCUGCGUCGUGGGCCGACAAUCAGCCGGAUGGUGAUGCUCCGCCAGCUUAUGAUCAAUUGUCGAUUCAUUCUUUCAAGCCGGCUAUUAAACCCCAGCAGCAAUAA